AUGGAAGACACAAUAGGGGCGAAUGUAUAUGAAGGAUGCGAUGAUUUUAAUAUCAACGGAAACUGUAGUUUUUCGAGGGGUGGAUCCCCUCAUCGUUAUCCUCGUCCGAAGGGUGCUGUAAAGCAGCUGCCACCAUACGACCCUUUUCGAAUGCGAAACAAAACUAAUACAACCACGUACGUAUACACCGUCUUUCCAUACUAUAUAUAUAUUACACCAAGUUGGGCACUUGGGUUGUAACUAAUAUUUUAAAGUUGAAAGUUCAGUUAUGAGUUACUUUUGUCCUGUCAACUUUUAACAGUUUUUAAAAAAAUAGGAAGGUAAACUCUAAUCUGUUAAUAUAACUUGUUAUAUUUGUAUUUUUUAUACUUGUUAUAUUUCUCAAAGAGAAGAGGACUACAAAUAAUUUGUCCCUUGUUGGUGAUUUAUUAGGCAAUGAAAGAUUUAUUAUUAAAAAUCGGUUCUCAUUAUUUCAAUUUUGUUUAUUUAAUGUGCAAGUAAUAUGUACAUUUAUUUUGAAAUGUCGAAUAAGUGUGGGGUGUGGAGGGAAUUCUCUAUUCUGUGAUACGUAAAUAAUUUUAGCACUCCCAAGUUUUAGACUAAAUGUGUGCCAAUGGGUACCUAUAUUUUUUGUGUUUAUAUUUCGACUAAAAUUAAGUAUUUUACAUUUUUGCGUGAAUGCAUCAUAAUUAUAACACAAGACUAUUAUUAUAUAAUUUAUGGCACACGCAUCUUGUAUAGUAAAACUAUAAAAGUAUAAAAUACUAGAUUACAAAAUUCGUCUAUAAGUUUAGAUGAGGGUAAUUUUAAAAAGUAACUUUUAAGUUUUAAUUUACUUAUUUUAUUAUUUUAUUAAAAAUAUACAACUUAACUUAGUUACUCAAAUUAAUUUUUAUUUUUAUUUUUUUUUUUUUUUUUUUUUGUGAAAAGUAGCUAAAAAGAUAGAUUAAUUUGCCCAGCUUUAAUAUAAAAUAUUUGAAUCAGUUUGGAUUCUGAAUAUUUCUAUUCAACUUGCGUUAUCGGUCCUUUUUUCUCCAGUACAAUCGGUGCCCUGUUGCACUUGAUGAAAAGUAGUGUUGGAUCCGGUAUCCUCGCGAUGCCCAACGCAUUCAAAAAUGGUGGUCUUAUUUUCGGACUGUUCGGCAUGGCUGCCGUUGGAAUACUGUGCACCCAUUGCAUCUACAUUUUAGUAAGUUUUAACUGUAUAAUACUUUAUAGUCUUAGGGGUGGACCCAAAAAAAGAAACCGGGUGAAGGUGAUUUUAAAAAUGCAUACAAGACACACAUUUAUGAUGAAAACACAGCUCAGAGUAUAUUGGAGUUAAGAGUGUAUUUGGGAAUGAACGGGGCGAAGGUAUUAGCCCAUAUCGCCUCCUGGAUUCGCAAAUGUAUAUUUCGCACUCGCAUCGCUCACAGACUAUAUUAUUGUUGACUAGCAUACGUUUCUAAUAAUAUACAAUAAUCAAAUAAUAAAUCAUUAAUUGAAUAUCAUCGUACUCGAUAAUUAUAUUACAUGUUAUCGUUAUUGUCAGUGUCCCAAAGGUUUGGUAAUCAAAUAAUCUCUAUAUGGCAGUCAGUCUUACAACAGAAAAUGUCUUGAUUCCUUUAUGUACCCAAUCUAAUGCGGUUUCAAUAAUACGAUUAUUUUCCAGGUCGUGUGUUCACAAACAAUGGCCCGACGUACCCGUCGGCCAGCACUCGGGUUCGCCGACACUGCAUACGAGGCAUUCAAACUAGGUCCACGUCGGUUUCGUACCUGGGCCCCGUUCGCUAGGUGUGAAGAUUUUAUUAUGUUUAUUAAAUUAUUCUAACCAAUAUUAUUUUAUCACUACUGAAUACAUUACCAAGUACAUUAAUUUCUGGUAAUUUCUGGUAAUGCAUUCAAAUUUUUAAUUUUCCAACCCACCAACAGUCCAAAUUUCUUUUUAAAUCCCUAGCUAAUAAACUAUUAAUUUACAGCUCUAACAAUAUUUUUUUUUUUUACAAUCAUCAUAAAUUAGAAAAAUUUAAAAACCGGUAUAGUUAACAGUAAAAACUUUAUUAGUUAUUAAAUUGUAUAUUUAAUAUGUAUAAGUAUAGCUGUAGUAGACAAAUAAUGCCGGUGGAUCGAAUUCACAUAAUUUAUCUCGUAUAUGCCACACUUUCACACACGGUAACUGUCUCAUUAAAAUUAUAAUAUAACGAUAAUUAUAAUUUGUUUACCUACUAAACAAAAGUUUAAUUUUGAGAAUUUAUAGGUUUAUUUAUAUCUGUACAAAUUUUAAAAAUUGUAUAGUGAUACAAAAAUAUGAGUUCGCUACUUUUGCACUGGAAAAUUUACUCCACUGGAUUAUAGUAGUUAGUACCUACUAUUAUACUCGUAAUUUUACAAAAAUAGAAAAACGUCAUAAUAUUACGAAUGUCAUUACACAUUUGUAUAAAUUACAAUUACACUUAUCAAUCGUGAACAAAAAAAAUAACACGUAGGUAUCUAUUAUGUAUCUUGUAUAGUGGCUUAUACCGUUUACCAUUACAUUCAUAACCAUAUUUACCACAAUAUUAACACUAUUGUCUAUAGCUGUCCUUAAUUUGUUAACAGUAAACCCACGCAUAUCAGUUAUAAUCAGUAUCGUCUAUACGUAUUAUAUAGGUUUAGUAGACCAUAAAAAUAGAAAAAAAAAUACAAAUAGAUUUGUUUACGUGUUUUUUUUCUUUUAUACACGUACAUCAGAUUAUGAAUACCAAACGGUUAAACAUUUAGAACAAUUAAUGCGUAGUAAUCAUAAUUUUAGUAAGUUUAGUUUAGCCAUGUACUUAUAAAUUUUUUGAAUCGUUGUUGGAUUAUUAUAAUAUAUAAACUGCCUGCCUAUAUUUCAUAAUAGUUAUAUUUUAAACGUGUUUUCUCAUUUUCGGUAUAUUUUUUCACUCAUCAUUGUUGCUCAAUGUCCAUACUAAUCAAAAUACAGAAACUUUGUCAACGCUACACUGUUUUGUACGUAUUAUUUCGGCAACUGUGUAUACGUUAUCCUCAUGUCGGCGACAAUAAAACAGGUAUACACACUGCAAGCCCAGCCGACUAAAUUUUAACUUGAUUUUCCGUCUGUAAUUCUAAUUUGUUUGCAGGUGGUCGACGCGCACAUAUCGCCCGAGUGGCACGUGUCUAUCCGCAUCUGGAUCUUGGGCCUCGCAUUUCCAAUUCUUCCGUUGGGCAUCGUACGCACGCUCCGGCUUUUGAUUCCUUUCUCAGCCAUAGCCACGAUCUGUGUACUCGUCGGUCUGGGAUGCACCAUGACAUGGAUGAUAAUUGGAGUAAGCCCGUUCGCCAGCCAGAGAACCGUAGCUGCUGCCGUCCCAUUACCCGACAUUGGUUCGCUUCCAUGGAUCGCCCCUGUGUCACACAUGCCUAUAUUCUUCACCACUGUUCUAUUUUCCAUGGAGGGUAUCGGCAUCGUUAGUAUACGUCGGACAAAUUCCGAUGAACUUUAUUUUUAUAUUUUAUUAAAGAUAAUAUUAUAUAAUAUUCUUAAAAUUACUAUAAUAUUUCAUUGUUUUUUGCGUAUACUAUUGUGUGUAACUCAAUUACAUAACAGACGAUUUACUCUGACAUACGAAUUUAGAAUACCAACUUGAAAUUUAUGUUACGAAUUAAUAUAAUAUGUUAAUAAUUUGUUAAUCCGAAUUCAAAAUUAUUUUACAACAUUUUAACUUCCUAAAACCGUAUUUUUUUUAGGCACUGGGGUAAAUUUCUCCAGCAGAUAAAAUUGAAUUACAAUCCGAAUUUUGGAUAACAAAUGUUACAAAUAUUUGCUUUAAUACCUCAUAUAGUUUUGAAAUCUACAUUUAAGUUUUUACCUAUAUAAGUACUGGAAUGGUAAACAGAAAUAAAAAUACGGUUUCAGGACGUUAAAAUGAGGUAAACAAAUCGAAGUUUUAUAAAACAAAUUACAACAAAUUGUGCUUUAUAAUAUCAUAUCAGUUUGAAAUGUUUAAGUCCAUUUUUAACCUAUGCAUAUAGGUGAAUAUAGACCCCCAUAGCUGGGGAAACAAAAUGUAAAAAUUUUAGUUUUUACGUAUUACUGCAAUACAACUGUAUUUACCUACGUAAUAUUUUUAAUUCUGGUCUCAUGGAAAUAUAAUUAAUAUAACCGAUGUCAUAUACGGUUUGUACAAUCUUGGCACAUAAAUUAUUUAUAACAUAAUAACAUUGCUUGAUAUUUUCACACAACACGUCAUAUAAUUCCAAUGGAAAUAAAUGGCCUAUGUGGACGUUGGAAUAAGCUUACCCUACCACCCGUAAAUAAAUACUGAAGGAUUAAAACGAGGUAACAAAUUCCUAAUUUCAAAUAACAAAUUACAAUAAAUUGUGUCUUAUCAUGUACCAAUUUAAAGUCUACAAGUCCAUUUUUGACCUAUACGGGCCCUGAAGAAAGCUUAUUCCAUCACCUGGAAAAAAAAAUACGAUAGUCGGGUAUGAAAAUCGAGUUAAAAAUCCCGAAUUUUGAUAAACAAAUUAUAACUAAUUCGUGAUAUAAUUUUCAAAUCGAAAUUUUAAAGUUGGUGCUAGGGUAAAUGAGCUGUUAUCUGUGACUCUUAGAUCCUGCCAAUCGAAAACUCAAUGCAUAAUCCAAAACAUUUCCUCCGGGGAAACCCAUGUGGGGUAUUAAACGCUGCCAUGAUAAUCAUCGUGAUUUUGUACUCAGUUGUUGGCUUCCUCGGAUAUAUGCGUUUCGGUGAUGCCGUCAAAGGUUCGAUCGCACUCAAUUUGCCCAAUGAUUUGUACGUAUAGUAUGUACAAUAAUAUUAAUAAUUAAGGUUCAACACUUUUAUCUGUAUGUUUUUAUAUUUAACGGUAUUAUAAAUUACCAAGUAUAAUAUAUCCAUGUGUUUUGAGUUGUAACAAUAAUAAAAACUCCAUAAACAAUACACACGUGCAAUGCGGGAACGUCAUUUUAAUUUUCUUUUUGGGUGUGAGAGGUCUUAAGCGGGCCAUUUUGAAAUUAAACCUUACCGUAUAAUAAUAGAUAUAUUUAUAUAUAUUAUCCUGCAUUUAAUUUUUUCCAUUAACCAUGGACCGUAUAAACAUUGAUAGUAAAAUCACUUUAAAACUAAAAAAAAUAAUAAAUAAUUGAUUAUUAAUUUAGCUAAGAAAACUAAUAAGUAUUGCAUGAAAAAAAAAUUGAAAAUGACAAAGCAAAAAUAUGCAACAAAAAAAAGAAAUAAUAAUUAUUAAUUAAUAUUUUUAUUCAUAAAUUCUCAUUUAUAUUAAAUAUCUACAAAAUUUGUACAAGCAAAAUGUACUAAAAAAAACGUAUUAUAUUUUAAAUAAGCAAAUACCGGUGAUUUUUAAGUUUAGCAUAAGUUUAUGCAUCUACUAUAAACUAAGAUUCUAAUAAUUUAAUCUAUGAUUCAGUUCAGCAACGAUUGUAGACAUGUUUAUCUAUAAUUUACUCAAUUCAUUUAUAGAACGAUAAUUGUUUAUUAACCCAUGUAAGUUAUAACCACGAUUGACAGUAAAAUGGCAAUAUUUUCAAUAUAAAAAUAUAAUUAAAUUUUAAUUGUGUAAAUAAUGGUGGAAUAAUUCAGCAGGCCAGUUGGGACUAAAUUAAAAUUUAGAGGUGAACCACACACCGUGGUCUCCUCCCCUUAAUGACAUCCCUGGUGCAAUGUACGCAAGCUCGGACUGGUAAAUAAUAGCGUUAGAUGCAAUAUAAUUUUAGGUAAAAUAUAAAAAAAGAACACAUAAUGAAAAAACAACAUUUUAAAAAGCUUGCAUACUUCGCACCAUAGGAAAAGCACUGUUGUAAGUUGGAAAUUAUGUUGGAAAUACAAAGGACAAUUUAAUUUAUAACAGAUCAUGUACAUAAUCAUAAAUUAUUGCAAAUAAAUUGUUCAUGUUUUUGACGAAUUUUAACAUUAAUUUAAACUUAAAAUGCUGAUGGAAAUAAAUUAUAAAAUUUGCAACUAGGUCAAAAGAAAAAUAAACACAACAUUAUAGAGUAAUAACUAAUAAUAAGUGUUCGUUUGUAUCAUUAUUCAUUACUUAUAAAUAUAUUAUAUAUUUAUGGUAGUGGUGGCUCGUGCUAUGGUGCGACAGUGCGACAGUACGUACAUUUUAAAAUAAAAUAAAAUUUACAUUUAUACUUGUUAUAGUAAAUAGUAAUCAUUAUAGUUUAUAUUUCUUUUAAAAUAAUUUAAAUAAUUCAAAAUUUUAUUGAAAAAUGAUAAUAUUUUAAAAAUUUCAUUUUAAUUCGGCAAUUCAAAUUCAACAAGAAUUAUGUGAAAAUUGAAUACAAGCCGAGCGACCAACACUAGGUAAUGUUGGUCGCUUCCUCGUUUAUAGUGCGACAGUCCGCAGUGCACACACAAAAAAAAAAAGGCCGUUUUCAAUGAAUGUGUAUUAUACUAUAAUAUAACUAGUGAGGCAGCAACGGGGGUAAUAAUACGCGUGUUAUAUUUCUCAUCGCACGUUUACAAGGGAUGAAUGAUGAAACUUGAUUAAAAUUAUAGACCUGUUAACAAUUCGGUGGUAUAUUCUGUCAGGCAAAAUUUUAUCUAAUCAGUUAAUAUUUUACUUUAAAGUGGACAUUUAUAAAUACAUAUGUCUACAUAAUUAUACACAUAUAUGUAUAUAAUGUACAUUGUAUAUACAGUGAAACUUUCCUUAACGGACACUUUUAAAAGCGAACACUUCCAAAUAGCGAACGUUUUUUCGAGAACGGAAGCUUUUUCACUAUGUAUGUAUAGGAAAACCUUUAAACACAGGACAAUCUAAAUAACGGACACUUUUUAACAUGAUAUUAAUCAUUCUUAUCUUAAAUUAAUAAUAAUUGUAGAAUACCUAAAUAAAAGUCUACACUAUUAAUUUAUCUUUUAUUACUAUGCAUAUAUGUACAUUAUUAUACUGUGCAUGACGUUUGUCUCAUAUUAUCCGUCCAAUCGUUGACAUAUUAUUGCGUCGAUAAAAUGUUUUAACUUUAAGAUGUAUUUAAUUAAUUUAAAAAUAAAAUAUAUUUAAUAAAAAUAUAAUUUCUCCGUCUAAACAACAGACACCUCUGAAUAGCGAACAAAAUUUGAGCAACAGAGAAAGUCCGGUAUUUAGAGAUUUCACUGUAUACAUAUGUUCCACUAACAGAUGUAUGAAAUCACAUAUUCAGUAUCUAUUAAUAGGUAGGGUGAAUGCCCCAAAAAAUAAAUUUUAUCGCUCUACCACAUCAAACUACCACGAGCCGCUACUGAUUUUUGAGUAUGUUGCAAAAAAAAAUAUCAAACGUCAAAUUAAAAGAGAAAAACGCUUAUACGAAAUUGCAUAAUAAUAGGUAUCAACAUGUAAUAUAAUAUGAAAACAUCGAUUUUUUAAUACAGUUUCCAUAAUAAAUCAGUGUUAAUUAAAUUGUUAAACAUCAUGCACAUGUAAUGGGAAAUAUUUUUGUUCGAUGAUUGUUAUUAUUUUUUGGAUUUUUUCUAAAAUAGGUUUGCCGAAACGGUCAAGAUCAUGAUCAUGCUAUCGAUUGUCUUCUCGUACGGUCUGCAAUUUUGCGUUCCCAGUGAAAUAGCGUGGACACACGUCGAGCCAUGGUUACGUAAGCGCAACUGGAUCGCUAAACAUUUCAUUGACAACCGAAAAUCUUCAACUUUAAAUCUGAGUACUGUUGUCAGUAGCACCGUGACCACAACUACGGAUGUUUCAUUAACGAAUACUAAGCCCGUCAAUAAGGAGGAAUCCCCCAAAAUAGUCAAAGAGGAGGAGCCAAUACAGUUUAUAGACCGGGCAUAUUACAUUAUGCGAUCGAUCAUGAUCUUGAUCACAUGUACUAUACCAUCAUAAUAUUAUAUUGUUGACGAACAAUGCAGUAUCGUUUAAUUAUGUUUAAAUUUCAUUUCAGUUAUUAUAGCUGCUAUCAUGCCCAGCCUAACGCCAAUCAUAUCGCUAUUUGGGGCAGUUUUUUUCUCUAUGCUAGGGUUGUUUUGCCCAGCCAUCAUCCACUUGGCCACGUUUUGGGAGUACGACGAUGAAGAUAGCAACGACAAUGAUUUCGAGAAUUCAAAUUCCGAUAGCAAUUUUUAUAUUAAUCAUUGUGAAAAUAAUAUAAACACAGUGUUCGAUGAUCCGGAAGAUAGUGCAGCCAGUAAUGACGCACAUAGGGAAUAUCGAACAACAGCUACAAUCGUCGACGGAUCUACUAACUCGAAGACGGGCAUGAGUUGGUUCAUUGUCGCCAAAGACGCGCUAAUCGUUUUAUUAGCCAUAGCCACUUUGGUUUCUGGAACAUUUUCGUCUGUGAUUGACAUUAUUACCUUUUUCGGGUUCGACAGUAAAAUACUUCCUGUCAACACUACUGAAUAUUAUAAAUGUCAGGAAAUUCACUGAUGAGUACGCCCAACAAUUGACAAUCAAUAAUUAAUGACUUUUCAAGUCAAGUCAAUAAUAUAUUUUAACUUAAUUGAUGUAUUCAAAAU